CAAGAACUUGGAGUAACUUGAAUAAUGUCAUCACUUUCUCAGGAUCCAUCCAAGAUGGAUCAUCAUUAUCAAUGCAGCGAGUCAAGUGACCAUGGACUUCUUACUCACACACACACCUGUACUUGUUGUAGGGACUGUAUCGAAACACCUGAAUCUCCAAAGACUGAAAACCUCCAUCCGCAUUGCAUCGCAAAAUCCACGGCCCACCAUCAGCAUCACGUGAUCAACUUGGCUCAUCCUCAUCUUCAGACGAGUCACGUGCAUUUGGGUCACCACCACGUACCAUCAUCACCAAAGAAUGGCAAUCAAGCCGCCAAAUUACAGGGUUCGUGUACAUGUCAUAUAAAGGCUGAAAAUGAAACAGAUGAUAGGUCCAGUAUAGAACCUACACCGCAAACUCGUAAAUUGGACGAAGAUAGGAUAGAAGUUUCACCAUUGCCACCAGCUCUACCACCGAGACCUCCCCCUAGACCUAGAUACGAUGGCACCAACAGUUUAAAUUCUAGAUAUCGACCACGAAUAUGUAAGUACAUCUUCUUUAGCAUUACACAUGAUAUUAUUUAUUAUAUUCCAAGUAAUUUAAUGUAA